UUGAAUCCAGGGCUUAGGGUUUCAAAGACAAUCUUCUUUCACCGUUAUUUUGAAGAGCUCCUUUCAAUUUGGGGGAAAUCCCCGACGGACCUCUAAGUCUACUCAAGAACUCUCUUGUCAAGUGCUCAGAUUAUCAAAAGGAAAUGAGCAAUGCGGUUCAUACAACUCCAAAAUCGGGGAGAAAGUCAUUGUUUUUCCAGGAUUUAGCAUCACCUGUCUCUGCCCGUAGAGGGAAGUUCUCUAGUCCGGGUCAAGCAGCUGCCGUCUUAGCUUUAUGGGAGGAGAAUUUUGGAUGUUCAGAUCUUCCACCUCCUCCUAUGUACACCUUGGAGGAUCGAUCGGAUUUUUCUCCUGAAGUUGGGAUACCGGAUUACCCUAUGUCUCCCAAAAUCAAGUCAGACCCAAGAAGUCCAGUUAAAAGUUCUGGACGUGACUUUUCAACUCCGGCAAAGAUCAACUCGGGGGCAAGCACUUCAUUUGCUGUGCUUAAUGGGCAGCAGAACUCAACGAGUCCGAGUUGGUGGUCACCCACAACGAGAAGUGGUAGUGAGCAGGACGAGAAGGGAAAGGGUUCUCCUGUCGAGGGUGUGGUUCAGCAUGGCGCUUUGAUCACACUUCCGCCUCCAAGGGAGGUUGCUAGGCCUGAGAUACAAAGGAAUUCUGUACCCACAGGCAAUCUGGAUGAGGAAGAAUGGGUUACAGUUUAUGGAUUUUCUCCCUCUGAUACAAAUUUAGUAUUGCGAGAGUUCGAAAAGUGUGGAGUGAUAUUGAAGCAUGUUCCUGGUCCAAGGGAUGCCAACUGGAUGCACGUUCUUUAUCUGAAUCGGUCUGAUGCUCAGAAGGCUCUCAGAAAGAACGGAAUGCAAAUUAACGGGGCACUAAUCGUUGGUGUGAAGCAAGUGGAUCCAAUGCAACGUGAAGCCCUAAAUGAAAGAGUGACCAAUCAGGGAUUCAUGACUCUGCCCCCACCAUCGAGUAGAACAUCAGAGCUGAACAAUUUCCGGCUGUCUCGCCCUUACUAUCUUCAAAAUGGCAAUUCCAAUGCGCGCCAUUCAGGAGGCACAGCUAUCGCAAUCCCUACGAAAUCACUGGGGACCAAAGUCAUGGAAUACAUGUUUGGAUAUUAGGAGAAAAUGUGUGCUCAGUCAAUCGCAGGUCCUUUGUUCUAUUACCUGAUUGUUUGAUCAUGUUCCAUAACAAAGGAAAGAGGGUAUGCCUGAACAAUAAAUGUCCCUUAGAAGGGGAAGUAUUGCAGAUUCUGUUGUAAUUGCAAUUGUAAAAGACUACGGAGUUGAAAUGCGAGGAUCUACAAGACUUUUGGCCAUUAGAAA